GCGGUCCGAUCCGGUCUCCCCGGGGGGGGCGGGCGGGCGGCGCCUCCCGGGCCCCCGCGAUCCGCCAUGGAGGACAAGGCGCUCACCCAAGAGCUGGACCAGUGGAUCGAGCAGCUGAACGACUGCAAGCAGCUCACCGAGAACCAAGUGCGCGCCCUCUGCGACAAGGCAAAAGAGAUCUUAACCAAAGAAUCGAAUGUUCAGGAGGUGCGUUGCCCCGUCACCGUCUGCGGAGAUGUUCACGGCCAGUUCCACGACCUCAUGGAGCUCUUCAGAAUCGGCGGGAAAUCCCCGGACACCAACUACCUGUUCAUGGGGGACUAUGUGGACAGGGGCUAUUACUCCGUGGAGACUGUGACUCUUCUAGUAGCAUUAAAGGUGCGCUAUCCAGAACGCAUUACGAUAUUAAGAGGAAACCACGAGAGCCGACAAAUUACGCAAGUGUACGGCUUUUACGAUGAGUGUUUACGGAAGUAUGGAAACGCCAAUGUUUGGAAGUAUUUUACAGAUCUCUUUGAUUAUCUUCCACUUACUGCUUUAGUCGACGGACAGAUCUUCUGCCUCCACGGUGGCCUGUCUCCAUCCAUAGAUACGCUGGAUCAUAUAAGAGCGCUGGACCGUCUACAAGAAGUUCCCCACGAGGGCCCCAUGUGUGACCUGCUGUGGUCUGAUCCAGACGAUCGCGGCGGGUGGGGAAUCUCCCCUCGCGGGGCCGGUUACACCUUUGGACAAGAUAUCUCGGAAACCUUUAAUCACGCCAACGGGCUGACCCUGGUUUCCCGGGCUCACCAGCUCGUCAUGGAGGGAUACAACUGGUGUCACGAUCGGAAUGUGGUUACCAUUUUCAGCGCACCAAACUACUGUUAUCGUUGUGGGAAUCAGGCUGCUAUCAUGGAACUAGAUGACACUUUAAAAUAUUCCUUCCUCCAGUUUGACCCGGCCCCCCGCCGCGGGGAGCCCCACGUGACCCGGCGCACACCCGACUACUUCCUCUAAAAGUGCUCUUGGCCAAGAAGCGGCCGCUGGGGAAUUAGCCCACGUUUCCAACAACAAUCACCUACCUAACUCACCUGCCGACCGCCUCGGGGACCGGUUGGGAUCUGCCUCCCCACAGUCGACCCAGCGUGGGCCGGAACUUGCCAUUCUGGCGAGGAACAUUCAGCACAAUAUGAGACUGAAACUCAGAAUGCCACCAUGUCCUAGAUCUGUCAGUCCAGCACUCUGUUUGCCUGUUGUGUUUUUUUUUUUGUGUGUGUGUGUGUGUGUGUGAGAGCGUGUGUGUGAGAGAGAGCGAGAGAGAGAGACUGCUUUCCUCUGGACUGUUCAAAUGGAAAAGUUAGUUAAUACCACCUUCCAGCUCAUUUGUGCAUUAGUGAUAGUGUUGAACUGGCAUGAGUUAUAUAGAACUUGGAGUUUAUUUUUAAGGAAAAUGCCCGAACUAAUGCCCACAUAACCCAUCACCCUUUAUUUUCCUGAAAUGUAUGAUGAAAUUAACUGGAGAAAGGAAACGAUUCCUUUGGGGAGUAUGUGGUCAUAACAUUUAAAGAGAUUUCUCUUCAUUUAAGCUAAAUUACUCUUUUGUGUUGCUCUUUUUUCUGUAUAUUUGUCAUGAAAAUGCUGGCAUCUUACUUGGCGUACUUGAAUAAACCGUCACUUGUCCACCAAA